CACAGCCCAAGUGAGCCACGCGAUCGCCCUCCGCAUUAGCCAAACGAACCAAGUCUUUGCGGGGACGAAACCGUGAAUCACCCCCACCUGGUGGCUGGUGCUCGCAAUUGCAUCUACGUCGCGUCGCCUUCCGUUCCCUCCCCCACACCAUACCACAGCUAGCCUAGCCCGCGUGUCCCCAAUCAUACGUACCACCGCGGCCGUGUCCACCCCCCUCCCCUACCGCGUCCGCCCCGCUGCUCGCUGAUGCGCCGGCGCGCUCCCGCGGCCAAACCCUAGCCCCCGAUCCCGAUGGCCGCGCCCCGCGCCGGGGCGGGGGCUGGGGUGCCGGUCACCGGCGACCGCUACCUCGACCUGCUCGUCCGCUUCGUGGCGUGCAACGCGGGCGCGCUGCUCGACGGCUCCGUCACCCUGCGCCUCCACCCCGUCGGGCUCCACUACGUCGCCUCCCGCCUCGAGGCGCUGCGGGAGCUCGAGGCCGUGGGCGCCGGCGCGCCCGUCGACUACCUCCGCGCCUACGUCGCCGACCUCGGCGACCACCGCGCGCUCGAACAGCUCCGCCGGAUCCUGCGCCUCCUCACGUCGCUCAAGGUCGUCGCCGCGGGGCCGGGGCGCGACCCGGCGCCGCUCUCGCUCCUGCCCUUCGCGCGCCUGCGCGUGCUCGAGCUGCGGGACUGCGACCUCUCCACCUCCGCCGCCAGGGGCCUGCUCGACCUCCGACACACCCUCGAGAGGCUCGUCUGUUACAAUUCCACGGAUGCUCUUAGGCAUGUAUUCACGAGUAGAAUCACGGAUAUCAAGGAGUCUCCCGUAUGGAGCAAACUUUCAUAUGUCUCAUGUGCUUCUAAUGGCCUGGUACUCAUGGACGAGUCAUUGCAAUUGUUACCUGCAGUUGAGACCCUGGAUCUUAGUCGGAACAAGUUUGCAAAGUUGGACAAUCUACGGAAAUGUACAAAGUUGAGAAAUCUUGAUCUCGGAUUUAAUCAUUUACGUUCGAUUUCAUCCUUGGGUGAGUUAUACGUUUUCUUGCAGGUUUCCAGUCGAAUUGUAAAACUUGUUGUGAGAAACAAUGCUUUAACUACAAUACAUGGGAUUGAAAAUCUCAAGUCACUCAUGGGGCUUGAUCUAUCUUAUAAUAUCAUCUCAAAUUUCUCAGAAUUGGAAAUCCUCGGCACCCUUUCUUUGUUACAGAACCUAUGGUUGGAAGGCAACCCAAUCUGCUGUGCUCGGUGGUAUCGAGCACACGUGUUCAGUUUUUUCCGUAAUCCAGAGAAUUUGAAGUUAGAUGAUAAGGGUAUGAACACACAAGAAUACUGGGAAAAGCAAGUACUGUUUGCAUGCAGACAAAAUCAGCCUACUGGUUAUGGAUUUUAUUUUCCUGCAAUAGAUGAUCAUGAGGACGAAGACACAAUAAAUUCAAAGAUGAGAAAAAUUUCCCGACUUGCCAGUAUAGUGGAGGAAGAGAGAAAUCUCUGCGAUGAAGGUGUAGACCAGCAGUCCACUCCCUGUGAUAGUGACAGUUCUAAGAAGGAUGAAGUUGCAGCUGCUGAUCAUGACAUAAAAAUUGCUUCUUUGAUAAACACUGCUGAAUUGCUGAAGAAGGAAAAAUCAAGUAAUUGGCUCUGUGAAUUUAAGGAGUGGAUGGAUGAAAAUUCAGAGAAAACAGAAGGUGACAGCCUGUAUGUUGAUUUCACCAAUGGCAAUGGAAGGUAUAUGAGACAAAAGAAAAGGCACAAAGCACACAGGGAAACCUCAAAUAACAUAUCAGAUUUGGUAAAUACAUCAGAAGGUGGGAGUAGCUCAAACAUUUUGGAAUCGGAUUCAUCUUUCACAGAUAACGCAUGUACUGUUGUUAAUGGAGUCAUCAAAGAAUCCACAAAUGAAGUGAAUGUGGAUCAAGCUCAUCUAAGGAUGCACUUGAAUUCUUUUCAACGACCUCCUCCCCUAGAGUUAGUAGGCACUUCACAUUCUGACCCUUUUCCUGAGUUGGGAGAUGGUUCUAGAAAUAUGCUGUCAAAUGGAACACCAUCCAAUACAAUGAGCAAGUUAAUAGAAACAAGUCCACCCUAUACAUAUCCUAGUCCACAGUCACCUCCACAAUACAAGGAGGACAUUCUACAUCGCAGACUUUUUUUGGAGGAAGAAUUUUUGCAGAUUUCAGGAGAUCUUCAUUCCAUCAGUAUUGGUAGCAGCUGCAGCGAUGAUUCAUCAGAUGAUUUGUGUUCAUGCAAUUCGGAAGAUGAUUGCGUAGCAAUGCAGACAAAGAUGGAGUUGGCUCUUGAUGGUCAGAUGGCUUCAUUUCCUUUUGUAGAUAGGGAUGUUGAGGAAAAGAAUAGCUUAGAGUAUUUUUCAGGGGAGAAAAGUUUGUCUGACCAUUCGUCAGAAAAUGAACCUAGCUGUGCUAAUGACAAAGAGUUUGAUAUUGAGGAGUUUCAUGACAGUAACCAGAGAAAUGGUCAUCUAAGUCACGAUUUAGAUCAUUCAGUUAAACAAAAUGGCAAGCAGAAGUUUAAGAGGAGGGUAUUUCCUAUUUUCAAGAAUCAUAAUGGUGCCAAAUUAAAAUUUAUGAAGGCUACUGAAGAUCAAGUGGAUGAGCAUGUUUUACUUGAAGGAAAUGGCCAUUUGGCACACAGCCUGAGCAAAAGUAUUCCUCUCAAGGAACAAGGCUCUGAAAGCCAUAAUUCAAGUGUCCUGCGUAGGAACAAUUCAUCUAUCAGCACAAAUACUAUUUCUCGUAACACAGACACACACAAGAUUAUAGAGGAUUUCUUCAAUGUGGAUGUAGCAAACAAUGGAGAGUCCGAAACAUGUGAAGAAGUAGCUUGUUGUGUGCACCUUUUUCAGGAUGCAAGCAGUUUAGUUCAAAGAGAGGUAGCCUUACUGCGAAGUUCUUACGACAAAUUGUAUGUACUGCUACUUGAUAUGUUUCAAGAUGGACAAGAAACUGUGCCAAGAGUAUUGGGCAGCUAUAGGCUGGAAAGUCUGGAAAAAGUUUCAAUUGGGCUGGGACUACAAGCACUGAGGGUACAUAUGGUAGACAAUACAACUCAUCUAUUCUUGACUCGGACUUCCAAGGAAGCACAAGAUGUACUUUGGCUCUUAAGUGUACUCAACUUUCCCAAAUCAACCCAUGGGAUAUCUUUGCAAAGUUGGGAGAACAUCCAAGUUAAAUUGCUCGAGAAAUGUAUAUGCGGAAGUGCAAAGCUUGGAAUAUUUCUCUACUCAAUGUUGAUGUUCUCAAAGAAUGAUGCUGAAGAGGACUCCAUGGUUAUCAGAUCCAUCAUUGUUAUUGAAGGAUCAAUACUUGUUUGCAUUGAGGACCUAGAUCAAUUUGGUGGUCUCCCCGAUGAUUCAAAUCCUCCAUACUUUUCUCUUGAUGCAUUUUGUUCUAUUGACAGUAUCCAAGAAGUGGAACAAACUUGUGCAAGUCUGGCGCUAAGCUGGAGGCACUCAUUUAUAUGGUUCCAAAUAGUGCACGUCACCAUAUUUAGAAAAGGGGGGACAGCUCGAAAUAUUUUAGUUCGUUACCAUCCAUAUGCUAUAUGUCAGGUGGUGCUCAGUUAUUAAUGCUUUGGAGUGGACGAUAUGCAUAGCAAGAAAUAUAGAAAGUUUCUGGGGACAUAGCAGUGGAGGUGAACCACAUGUAUUCGUGAUAGGCGCAUUGAAUUGCCUUUGGUGGUUGUUUCUGUUAGCCCCUCCCCCUUUUUUUCUUAAUAAACUUUUUCUCCGUCCGGUGAAAUCGAUUGUAUAGCAUUUACAUUUUUGAAAAGAAGUCAAAUAGCUUGCUCAGACAGAGCAUAGAUGACAUGACGAAGUAUGGGGGCAUGGAGCCGAUAGUGCUAAGCAAAGAUUUGAUAUCCUGUAGUGGUCGUAAAUCUGUUGCUACUAAAAAAGGAACAAUGUGACUUUGUUGUAAUUGUUACCGUAAUGAAUUAACCCUGAUCUUGAAACGUUCAUAUU